AUGCUAAGAGAUACAGUCUUUGUUAAAGAUUUAACUGCGACAGCAAUUAUUGGAAAGGACGCUUGGAGCAGGCCACUGCCCCAGCCUAUAACGAUUUCUGUUUCGUUGGAUACAGAUUUCCAUGAAGCAUCAUUGACAGAUAACUUGAAGUUCUCUCUUAAUUAUGCGGUCAUAUCUAGAAAUAUUAUGGAGUACUUGAGAGCUAAUGAACAUAAGAAUUUCCAGUCACUUGGGAAUGUUGGAGAAUGUAUCAGUGAAAUAGUGUUGGAUCAGAAGCAUGGCGGCGGUCAGAUUGCUGAAGUGACUGUAAAGAGUACCAAAUCAGAAAUCAGAGCUGAAAGUGUUGAAUACAAGAUGAUGCGAUCAAUUUUGGGAGACUGUCAACGAGCCGAUGAAAUUAAAGUCCGUAAUUUGAAGUUAUUGACUAUAAUUGGGGUUUUCACCUUUGAAAGAGCUAAGCGUCAAAUUGUUGAUAUUGACUUGGAGAUGAAAUUACCAAAAAACUCGAAUAUAUUAGUCCAUAAAGUUGUCGAAGAUGUCUCUAUGUAUGUUGAAUCUUCAAAUUUCAAGACCGUGGAGGCUUUAGUGAUGUCAAUUGGUCAAAGGAUUUUUCAAGAUCAUGAUAGAGAUGUAGAUUCAGUCACUGUCAGAGUGACGAAGCCUAAUGCAAUUAGCUAUACCGAUGGUGUGGGUGUGACAUCAGAGAUGACGAAGGAUCUUUUCAUAGAUGCACAACCGCUUCAAAAAGGUGAAAAAUCUAAUGAUCUGUUCAAUUUACCGACCACUGAUGAAGAUAGCAACUUCUCAGACGUGUCAGAUCAUACAGCAUUUAUAGCUUUUGGCUCAAAUCAUGGGGACCAACUUCAGACUAUCAAUAAAGCAAUAGACUUACUUUCAAAUUACAAGAUCAACGUUGUGGCGACUUCCUCAUUGUACAUAUCCAAACCAAUGUACUACAAGGAUCAGUCUGAUUUUUUCAACGGAGUCAUUAAAGUUUCUUUUAGUAAUAAAACCCCUCAAGAAUUGUUGGCUGUAUUGAAAGAAAUUGAAUACAAACAUUGUGGAAGACAAAAGGAUUUUGAUAAUGGACCUAGAUCAAUUGAUUUAGAUAUUCUAUUGUACGACAAUGUUUCUAUGAAUACACCUGAAUUGAAAAUCCCUCAUAUCGCAAUGUUAGAGAGAACAUUUGUGUUACAGCCGCUAUGUGAAUUGCUACCCCCAGAAUUUAUACAUCCUGUAAGUGCGGAGCCAAUUCAUAAUCAUUUAAAGCAACUUUUGGAAGUUUUGCCCGAUGAACUGCUUCAAGAAUCACUGCAUUUGAAGGAGUAUAUCCCAAUUCCUAGACUUGGUGUGCAAAAUAACCCACUAGUUCUCGAUCAGCUUCAUGGAAAACAUGCUACUUUGAUAAUGGGUAUAAUGAAUAUCACUCCAGAUUCUUUUAGCGAUGGCGGAAAGCUUUAUGAUUAUGACGAAGAUUCACUCAGUAAAAGUGCUUUAAAAUUAAUUGAUCAAGGUGCUAAUAUCCUAGAUAUAGGAGGCGUUUCAACAAGGCCAGGAAGUAAAGAGCCCGAAGAAGAAGAAGAACUCAGGAGAGUUGUCAGGGCUGUCAGGGCUCUUCGGCAAUCUAAAAUACCAAGUGUUGCGAAUGCUCUAAUCUCUGUAGACACUUAUAGAGCUAAUGUGGCUGAGAAAUGUUUACAGGAGGGAGCAGACAUCAUUAAUGAUAUUUCGAUGGGUCUAUAUGAUGAUCAAAUGUUCAAAGUUAUUGCAAAAUAUGGUUGCCCGUACAUUAUGAAUCACACGAGAGGCACUCCGAAGACAAUGUCAAAAAUGACUUCUUAUCCUUCGAAUACAAAUGACGAUAUCAUUGAACUCAUAGUUGAUCCCUUGCAAGGUCAUAUUGAAAACAAACUUCCUCCUGACGUUGGAAAUCUUAUCAAUGGGAUAUCUCGAGAGGUGGCUUUGCAGAUAUUUAAAGCAUUCGAUGCGGGAAUAAGGAAAUGGCAAAUAAUAUUAGACCCUGGUAUAGGUUUUGCAAAGGAUAUCCAGCAAAACCUUUUGAUCCUUCAAAAUGCAUCCCUAUUUAAAAAAUAUUCAAUGUCGAUCAGAGAAAGAGACUCUAUAUCCUAUAUUAGUUUCAAUGGCCUUCCCCUCCUAAUUGGUACUUCAAGAAAGAAAUUUUUGGGCACAAUUUGCAAUGAACCAAUUCCAGAGAAACGCGUAGUGAGUACCAUAGCGACUCUCAUAGCAUGUGUUCAACAAAAUGUUGAUAUCGUAAGGGUUCAUGAUGUUAAAGAUGCAAAAAUAGCUUUGUUAACAGGUGAUGCAAUUUAUAGACACAUAUAUUAA